AUGUGCAGCUGGGUCACUGGUCUCCUCUCUAACAUCCGCCACAAAGUCGGCCUCGGCUCACGCGUAUCAACCCCGGUGCGCAAAGGGCAGGAAGUCUGGCUCCUCGACAAUACCGCCUUCCGGUCUCCAACCAACCCUCACCAAUGGCACGCCGAGUUCGUUGCCGCAUACUUCAGUGAAGACUCUGGCAAGGAUGCCUCGCUGGUUGUUGCGGACAUUGUCGAAAAGCUCGGGAUUGCCGGUAAAGGUGAUGCCGAGGCGGAGCGCAGGAUAGCGGAGCGCGUGGAGCCGUUCUUGAAUCUGAUUCUUGCGGCGAAGACUGUUGAGGUUGACUUUGCCGGUGGUCAGGGACGACUGAGGUUAGGGCCCGCGGCGGGACAUGGUAUCAGUGUGAAUGAGUUGCCCUUACCAGGGAAGGGGUGGGUGGACGACCGGGUUGUAGAAAGUCGUGCAGUGCUCGUAGAGGGGGGUGAGAGUAUGAGAACCGCCUUUGCAGAUCCAGAGGGAUGGGGCGUUAUCUCUGACAUCGACGACACCAUCAAAGUUUCAGAAGUUCGUGACCGCCUCGCCCUUCUUCGUCACACCUUCGCAGAGCUUCCCGAAGCUGUCCCGGGAAUGCCGCAGCUGUACCAAUAUAUCCAGACCGCGCUUGGAAAGCCCGUAUGGUUCUAUCUCUCUGCUUCGCCAUACAACCUCUACCCUAUGCUCCGCUCCUUCACAUCAGACUACUACCCCCGCGGUCAGCUGAUCUUGAGAGAGAUGAGCUGGAUGGAGCUUGAGAGCUUCAUUGUGAGCUUGACAGUUGGCACGCAGAAGUACAAGGAGGAGCGUAUGAGGACUGUUAUGAAGUGGCUCCCGAUGAGGAAAUGGGUCCUGAUUGGCGAUAGCACGCAGACAGACCCCGAAGCUUAUGCAAGCCUUUACAAAUUGCAUCCAGAUAAGGUGAGGGCAAUAUUCAUCAGGAGAGUUCAGGGAGUCAAUGAGGCGAAAGAGAAGGACCUAAACAGCGACACGAGGUUUGAGACGGCGUUUAAGGGUAUUCCCAAAACUGUGUGGAGGGUAUUCAAUGACCCAGCAGAACUGAAUGAGGCUGUUAAUGCGUUGACGAGUACGUGA